CAAGGCAAAGGUCAAGGCACAGGCGCAGGUGUGAGUGCUUCAUACCAGUCACGAGGCAAGUCCAGACGUUUUGUUCGGAUGCUUAAGAAAUAAGUGGUGCUUGUUCCAACUCUUUGUUCAAGAUUGAUUCCUUUAUCAGCAAAGGGAUUUCCCACGAAUGUCUGUGUUCAUGGAAUAGGGGAUAAGUUACAAUGGUCAGGAUUAGCGUUUUAAAUGACGCUCUUAGAAGCAUGUACAAUGCAGAGAAAUGUGGGAAGCGCCAGGUGAUGAUCAGGCCAUCGUCAAAAGUUAUCAUCAAGUUUCUCCAAGUCAUGCAAAAACAUGGCUAUAUUGGAGAAUUUGAACUUAUUGAUGACCACAGAUCUGGAAAGGUGGUCGUAGAGCUCAAUGGAAGGCUCAAUAAGUGUGGCGUAAUUAGUCCUCGAUUUGAUGUUGGGGUGAAAGAAAUUGAAUCAUGGACUGCUAGAUUGCUUCCUUCUCGACAGUUUGGUUUCAUCGUCUUGACCACAUCUGCUGGCAUCAUGGACCAUGAUGAGGCUAGAAGAAAGAACGUUGGCGGGAAAGUGCUAGGAUUUUUUUACUAGAUUUAACUCAUAUUGUUGACUUUGAGCCUGAGGUUGCAGAGAGGGUAAUUCUGCUAGUGAACUAGACCCUACGCGACAACUUUGGUGUAUUUUAAUUGAGAAUUCAAUCUCAUAUGGUUUUGUAUUCUGCCUAAUCUUUGUUCUCCUAAUGCUCUAGGUCUUCAUAGGCAUCAAUUCUUCAAUCACGCUUGAAGUUUAUUAUUUCUUCUUGUACGUUUGCAGCUACAUAUCCUCUUCUGAUAUUUAGAGUAUUUGAAUUGAGAGUUUAAUUUUAUA